AUAAAAGUGUGUUUAGAGUCUGAAGCAGAAUAUGAAGUGUGGUUAAACCAACCACUUAAUAUGCUUAAAAUGGCAAAAAAAAAAAAAAAAUCGAAAUCGAUAUUUAGUUAUUUAUUUUUACGAGUUUGAUUAUUUCUAACUAAUAAUUUCCCCCUCCAUUUUUAAAUGGUUUUCAGUUCCUGUGUGUGUUUGUCAUGUGUCUCUGCCUGCAGCAGCUCAGAGAGGAAGAGCGGAACCCGCUCCCCAUUACAGCCUACGUGUAGGCUAGAGGAUUUUUGUAAUAAUCGACGUAUCUCGUUCAUUUAAAAGGGCAUGUUUACAGCAACCUCAACAUUUCGCCUUUUUGACACGAAAAAAGAUGCUGAAGCUGGACUGAUCCGCUGCCUCGGUCGAAGGAGCUGUCCACCAUGAGGUGCUGAUCGGCGGCCUGGCAGAACGAUGGCGACGGGGAAGUGGCUUCUGUACACGGGUCUCUGUCUGUCUCUCGUCGCCUUGUGUUUCCUGUCAGUCGCGAUCUCAUCGGAUCACUGGUACGAAACGGACGCGAGAAGAUACAAGGAACGUUGCCGAGCUUUCUCGAACCGCAGGAGCGAUCCGGGUUUCAUUUACAUCCCCAACCACAGCCUUCCACUGCGAGCCAGCCGAGCGAGCCUGGACCGAUGGGAAGACCGACUGCUGCUGCAUAGAAACCGGCGUCAGCUGUUCGCGAUGAGCGCGGCGGAUGAGUGCAGCAGACGCUACAAUUCAACCAACACGGGGCUGUGGAGCAAAUGCUAUCGGGUGGGAUUUGACCCAGACAUCGAAGAGCUCAUACAAAAAGGAACUAUUGAGCGUUGCUCCUUUAUAAAGUACUAUUACUCCUCCCCUGCAGUGACGCGAAAGGAUCUUUCCUACAAUAUCACUAAGACUAUCCAGCAAGAUGAUUGGCAUGCCCUGCAUUUGCGUCGGAUGACGGCUGGCUUCAUGGGCAUGGCACUAUCCAUCAUUCUGUUUGGCUGGACCAUUGGCAUUUUGGGCUGUUGCUGGGAGCAAGGCCUCAUGCAUUACGUCGCCGGUCUACUCUUCCUUAUGGGAGCUACCUUCUGCAUCAUCUCUCUUUGCACCUGUGUGGCCGGCAUCAACUUCGAAUUGUCUCGCUACCCACGUUAUCUCUUCAGCCUUCCGGAUGAUAUAAGCCAUGGCUACGGCUGGUCCAUGUUCACUGCCUGGGGAGGACUAGGACUGCCUCAUAGCUGGGUUCUUCUGCACCCUGGCACCAUCGAUUCAGCCUCCCCCACCAUCCCGUACCUCCUGUGCUAAGUCUCGCAUGGAGAACGGAACAGUGUGCUAAAGCUUCACAUGACACUUUGAACACUGACAUAAACACAACUGUCCAUAGACUUCGUCAUGGGUAUUAAAAACACAGAGGCUGUUGAAAGACAUUUUGUGCUGGAAGGUGGCAAGCCAUGGCUCUCAAUUGAUGUGCAAAAGAAGAAUCUGUUAUAAAAGCACAUUUGUACAGUUGUAUAAAAGCUUUCAUCCCGACAUGAGUUCAGCAUGUCUUUGGUGAAGCGGUUCUUGGUGAUUGUCUUUGUGUUCAGUAGACCGUGUUUGACUUUAAAUAUGAAUUUACCUUUUCCAAGACCUUUCUGAUGUAUAAUUACCAUGAAUGUCAUUAUGUGCUGUAGUUGU